UCACGCAGGAGUUCAAGAAAAGGUGUGAACCUAUAUUUUUGAGGAUGUGCGCGUUGAAGUGGUGCUGGUCUCUGAGUGUGCUCUUCUUUUCCUGCCUCAUUUGCCUCAAUAAGGGCUUUUAUUUGUCCAAUGAAGUGAAUGCAGAUGGAAGCGAUCCUCGGAUAGCCGAGGAAUCGCAGGAAAUGAUGCUACAGCAGCAGCAGCAAAUCCAAGAACAAUUGCUCAGAAAUGCCCGUUGGCGUGUACGAGACAUGAGCGGCGAUGAAAUGGAGGGCGUUGGAUUGCGGGUUCAGGAUGAUACCCAUAAACAGGAAGGUGAUAAUGAUGGUUUGGCCAUGAGGGAAGGAAGAGGGCUCCUGAAGCUUUUUGGGUUAUCCCCGCUGCAAUUCCUGCCCUUGCUCACCCCCUUGAAUAUAUUUGGCAAGACCUUCAACUCAUCUGGUCCGCGUCCGUUUACGCUGGAAAUUUAUUUGCCGGAGGAUAAAACUCUGCAUUUUGAUUCCGGCACCGAAGCUGCUACCGAAGCCGAGGAGGCUUUCACAACUGGAGUUUAUUCCGGGUCAGAGCGAGUAUACGAGAAAGAAACGAAGAACGCUUUGAGUUUUGAUGGAUCCCAGCCGGAUGAUCCGCAUCAAACCAGAAAAAUCCACCAGUCAUCGUUGAUGGAUUUUAACGCGGAUAUUCGAGACUCCAUGAUCGGAUUGCACACGGCUCUCACUGAGUUGAAGGAGAAGUUUGAGAAGCACGAUGUGCGAGAAAAGACAACUGCGAAUUCCCUGUUGAACUCUGUUCGCCGCAUUGCUUCAGCCACCAAGACCAUGGAAACAGUGGCUGUCAACUUGGGGAGAAUGGACGUCAGACUGGCCAACUUGGAGCGCAUGAUGACUCAGCAAGAAGAAAAGCAAAUCAACCAAAUAUCCAAGAUGUCGCAAGCGAUCGAAUCGUUGGUCGUGGUUGUCAAUGCUAGACUACCGGAGUCCAUUUCCGCAAGGUCUUCUGCUCAAAUGACUGCUGAUCUGAGCCAGAAGAUCAACAGCAUUGAGACAAAGCUCGACAACAUUCAGAAUCUGGCGGAAAAAGAAGCAUCCGCCGCAUCGAGGACAGCAUCACCCGACUCUGACGUUUCCGCGACCUUGCGAGACGCCCGCAACGACAUCGCCUUCAUCAAGGACGAAGUCGUCAUCAUCAACGACGCCUUGAAGACGUCGGCCGUAGUGUCGUCUUCCGGCGGAGCAGACCCCUCGAAAGUGCUGGAAGAAAUAGCCGGCCUCAAGUCCAAACUGGCCACGGUGUCCAGUGGCCUGGACGACCAGGGCAAGCGGAUCGCCCAGCUCUACGACGACUCCACGGAACUGAUGGAGGCCCAGUUGUCCAAGUUGAUGGAGUUGGAGAAGAAUAGUUUGAAGCAAGGCGGGGUGUUGGUUGGGAUGGCCGAGCAGACCGAGUCCAUCUUGUCCGCACUCCCGGCCCACAAUGAAACCAUCGUGGAACUCAACAAGCUCAGGUACGGCGUUGAAAGCACAGGAGAAAUCAGCAACAAAAUAAUUUCUUUACUGUCCACAAAACCUGCAAACAAUGGCGAUACGGGCUCAGAUUCACACUCUUCUGAGGAGGUCUCUGAGCAGUUGGAAGAACUUCAACAAAAUAUUACCAAGGGAUACAAAGAGUUGAGCAAUGACGUGAAAGACCUCGGAAAAACCAGCAAGGUUUUACUCUCGACGGCCGAUGACAUCUUGUCGAUCAGACGCAGUGUCGAAAUUGCGGUUCAGAAGAUCAACUUCGAGAUGGGGACUCUCAUCAAAACCCGAUCGGAUGACAUUAAAUCCUCAGUGCUGGAGGAAAUCGACGAAGCCAAGUCGCAGCUUUUGUUCAAGCUCUCGGGUCAGCUGAAGAAUUCUACGACGAGUAUUCAAGAGGAAGUUAGCCAAGUGUGGCGACAGAUUGGGAUUUUAUACAGUCAAAUGACUUCGUCUCAGGCCAUGUUGGAGACUGUGAGGAAUCAGACCACCAGCUAUGUCGACGGUAGUCUCAGUCAGGUGGGAGAGAUGAACUCGAGAGUGGGACAAGUGUCGACUCACAUGGCUGAGGUCCAAGACAAUCUCAACUACCUGUUGGGAAGGCUGUCGCUGGUCGCAUCCGAAUUUUCCCGCAUGAAGAACACUGUUGGCGAUGAAUUGCAGAAUAUCAGAGCCGACUUUGGGAAGAUCAAAUCCGGAAAAGAUUUCGAAGAUGGGGAUUCGGAUGAAGACAAAGGACCGGGUCCAUUUCCUAUUAUUGAAGCACCGGAUCAAGUCCCGUCUGUUGACCUGAAUACGCCAGAUUCCUUGCCGAUCAUGAUGGAUCGUAAUGGGCCUGCGGGCGUUGAACCCUUCUGUGUUCGUCCUGGUGGAAGAGUUGCGCGGCCUCGUGGUCGACGCGGGGCGACAGGAAGCGUCGCACGUCGGUUCCGAGCACCUGAUAUGCCCAUGCAGCCUGCGAUGCGUCCCCCUUUGGCUUUACGUGGUGCUGUUCGUCUCCCAUGUGCCGGUCCAUCGAUGCCGACCCCAAAGAAAGAUCUUUCCAACCUUUCUUUCAUGCCUCCUCCACCAAUGCAGUAUAUAAGCGCAUUUUCGGAAGAAAAUGUCAAGAAGAACCGCCUUCCGCGUCCACCCUUCCCCGACGAAACAUACCGCAUGUUCGGCAAUAUUUACAACAUAGACGACGCCAUAGUCAAACCCUUGGAAGUUCAGAAUAUAAAACGAUUGUAUCCACAAAACUUUGACCACAAGAAAGAACUGAAGAAGCUAAAUUGCUCUAUUCUAGUCAAUUUACUGGAUCUUUUGGACAUCCUUGCACGUUGCCCGGAAGCUCCAAAAAGGAAAGAGAAAAUCGAGGAAAUAACCCUUUUAUUUUUGCACAUGCAUCAUCUUGUGAACGAAUUCCGACCGCAUCAAGCUCGUGAAUCUCUGAAGGCCAUGCUCACGCAGCAGAGAGAGCAACGGACAAGCAUGGCGGAGAGCUUCGACCGUCAUGUCGACCGAGUACUCGAUAUUCUACGGCAAACCCUUGCAAUGAUUCCGUCGAUUAGUAGGAAGGCCCUAGAAAACGGGAAAGCGAGAAAUUUGCCACCAGAAUCGCAUGCCCUCGCGAAGUUGAGAAUCGAGAAGACACCUGACAAUGGAACAUGCAUUCCGCACGAUAAAAUAAUGUGCGAUUUCAUUGAUUCACUCCAAAGUUAA